AUGGUUGCUAUCAACUUGGGAGAUUCGCUGAAGAAAGAAAAGGGAAUUGCGGAGCCACAGCUCCCACCGGACAAAACGAUUUCCGAUGCACCAGAGCUGCAAUUUGAGGAGAAAUGCUCGAAAAAUGGGAGGGUCAUUUUUCGUUGGACAAUUCUGACGCAAGUCGUCACUUUGGGGCUAUUCAUUCAUCUAAUCUACAGGACUUCGACUCGACUUCAACAUCAUCAACAAGCAAUAAGAAAUGCGGUUUUUCUCCUUGCUCUUACCUUCACCACUGAGUUAACAACCUACGGUUUUUUCAUCGUCUGGAUCAACAGUGUCCACGUUGGAUAUAUUGGCUGUCAUCGUACCUAUCUGACCCUCCUCCUCACAUCGGUUUUCGCCAUUCUUUUCACCGUCACAAACGUCCCAGCAUUGUGUGCCUAUUUCAGGACCAAAAAAACUCGACAUGCGACCCUGAAAUACAAAUGCUUUAAGGCGACUGCUCUCUGGUCAGCUUCUUGCGUUUUGGCUCUGUUCACCUACCUGGCCAUUUAUUUCCAUUCGAUCUAUCCCACCGUUUUAUCCGUUCUCAUGUCAUUCCAAUUCUAUUGCGAGUUCACUUGGUGGAGAAUUCAAGAGCGUAUGAGACAAGGAAAAGAUCACAGAAUGAUCUCAAUCUUCGAUCCGAUUUUCAAUUGUGGAACUAUUGUCCGUGAAGUUUGCCCUGAUGAGCCUGGCAGUGAGGUGAAAGAAGAAGUUGAGGGCGGUAUUCAGCCCAAUGUUAUCGCC